UUAGUUUGGUACUACGUAUGUUUUUUGUCUUGUUCUUCUUCUUCCUCGUGCUUUGUCCCCACACGUUUCGAAGUUCGAAGUUCGAACACGUACCCUAUCUAUAUCUCUUUCUCCAUCCUUAUUCGUCGACAUUCACUACAUUAAAACACUAUCACAUACACUGAUACACACAGAGUAAGAGAUAACAUAACCUUAAACUGAGGUGAGAGUUAAGGUUAGUGUGUUGAAGAGUUGUUUAUGAUGAGUAGUAAUAAGGGGAUUCCGAUACCUCGGAGUACUCGAGUUGGGAAGUAUCAGUUGGGGAAGACGAUUGGAGAAGGAAGUUUUGCGAAGGUGAAGUUGGCGAAGAAUGUUGAGAAUGGAGAGUUUGUGGCUAUUAAGAUUCUUGAUCGUAAUCAUGUGCUUCGACAUAAUAUGAUGGAUCAGCUGAAGAGAGAAAUUUCGGCGAUGAAGAUUAUUAAUCAUCCGAAUGUUGUUAAGAUAUUUGAGGUGAUGGCGAGCAAGACGAAGAUUUAUAUUGUCUUGGAGUUGGUUAGUGGAGGAGAGUUAUUCGAUAAAAUCGCUACAAAUGGGAGACUUAAAGAGGAUGAAGCAAGAAGUUAUUUCCAACAGCUAAUCAAUGCGGUUGAUUACUGUCAUAGUAGAGGCGUGUAUCACAGAGAUUUGAAGCCGGAGAAUCUUCUUUUGGACACAAAGGGUGUUCUUAAAGUUUCAGAUUUUGGAUUAAGUAUAUAUUCACAGAAGGAAGGUGAACUUCUCCGCACCGCUUGUGGAACACCGAAUUACGUUGCGCCUGAGGUGAUUAAUGAUAGAGGUUAUGUUGGUUCUACAUCUGAUAUAUGGUCCUGUGGAGUUAUUCUCUUUGUACUUAUGGCCGGGUACUUACCGUUCGACGAGCCGAAUCAAAUUGCACUUUAUAGAAAAAUUGGUAGGGCUGAGUUCACAUGUCCACCGUGGUUUUCGCCCGAGGCAAAGAAACUGCUCAAGGCUAUACUUAAUCCAAACCCUCUCACGAGGAUAAAAAUUCCGGAACUCUUGGAAGAUGAAUGGUUCAAAAAAGGAUACAAGCCCGCAUCUUUUACCGAGCAAGAUGUCAAUGUAGACGAUGUUGCUGCUGCUUUCAACAAUUCUAAGGAAAAUCUUGUGACAGAGACGAAAGAGAAACCCGUGUCAAUGAAUGCUUUCGAGCUUAUUUCUAGAUCAGAAAGCUUCAAUCUUGACAAUUUAUUCGAGAAGCAAAAGGGAGUUGUAAAGCGCGAAACUCAUUUCACUUCACAACGCCCUGCGAAUGAAAUUAUGUCUAAGAUCGAGGAAGCUGCAAAACCUCUCGGGUUUAAUGUUCACAAGCGAAAUUACAAGAUGAAGCUGCAGGGUGAUAAAAGUGGAAGGAAAGGUCACCUUUCAGUGGCUACUGAGGUUUUUGAAGUGGCUCCCUCCCUGCAUAUGGUGGAGCUGCGAAAGACGGGCGGCGACACACUAGAGUUUAACAAGUUUUACAAAAUAUUUUCAUCAGGGUUGGAAGACAUAGUGUGGCACAAUGAGAAAAAAUAAUCAAGUAAUAAGGUUCAUGUUGCUAGAGAAGUGCACAUAUUAUGCUUGGGAGAGUUUGGUUGAGACUAUUUCAUUAGGCUAAUUUGAGAUAGUUCAAUGUGUAGUAUAAGAAAAGCUUGCAUGUUAUUAUAAUCCAUUGCAAUUGCUUUAUUGAAGGUUGAGGUUGAGAGUAUUUUUGAAAGUAUAUAGAAUUAUGUCAUAUAUGUGUAAUUUCGUCUUUUGAAUUUUGAUUUGUUCUAUUAUGAUGUCAUUUUGUAAAUUUUCAAACACUAGAAUAAUAUAAUGCUUAUCUGUUAUGUA